GAAAUUGUUCCAUGUCAGGUGUUGUAGCUCGGGGACUUGAAGAACGAGGUGUGUGCAAAGAAUUUUGAAGGGCAAUUUAGUUGAACAACAAGAAGAGAAGCAAAGUAUAACAGACCACGCUCCAGUUCAGUCACGGUCAGUCUCUGCUCUCAACUGCUGCCAUGGCAGCCGCAUCCGACAGCACCCACCCACCUCCCGACCUCGACGUGGAUGACGACGAUGAAGAAUUCGACGACGACGACGACGACGAUCUGGAUGACGAAGCCGACGACAGCGAACCCUCGGCGUCCUCAUCCGAGGCGGCUCGCCUGGAGGCCGUGCUCCGGCGGCUCACCGCGGACGAGGUCCGGAUCCGGGUGCACCAGGUCACGAUCCGGGGCUGCGCGCGCACGCGCCGCGCCGCGGUGGAGGCGGCGGUCGGCCCGGACCUCAGGCGCGCCGCCACCGUGCGGGACCUCGUGCGCGCCGCCGCCGCGGCCGGCGACCGGCUCCGUCGCCUCGGCGCCUUCGACACUGUCUCGAUCACCCUCGACGCGGCGCCGCCUGGGAUCCCCGGUAGCGCCGUCGUCGUCGUCGUUGACGUCGCAGAGGCCCGCGGUCGCGCUGCCGGUGAUUUCGGCGUCUUCGCCAACACACAGACUAGAUCAUGCUCACUUGAAGGUUCAGUGAAGUUGAUUAACCUAUUUGGAUUCUGUGAGACCUGGGAUGCAUCAGGUGCCCUUGAAUUAGAUAAGACAGCAGAACUAAGUGCUGGAGUCCAAAUGCCUAGAAUCGGAGCAAUACCAACUCCGCUGUUGGCUAGAAUAUCAUUUCUGUCUGAUGACUGGUUAAAGUCCUCACUCAAAGAACACCUGAUGGGCGUUUCUGUUGGCUUGCUCUCCACCAUGAACCACAACCUUGCGUACAACAUGACAUGGAGAAAAUUAACUGAUCCAACACGGAUGUCAUCCAAUUCAGUACAAGAGGAAUUAGGACAUAGCCUUCUGUCCUCUAUUAAGUACGCAUACAAGGUUGACCAAAGGGACUCAAGCAUAAGACCUACACGUGGAUAUGCGUUCCUGUCGUCUUCUCUAGUUGGAGGCCUUGCACCAGGGAGCAAAUAUUCACGAUUUCUUAGGCAGGAAUUUGAUCUUCGAGUGGCUUUGCCUCUGGGUGUGCUGAAUGGCGCUCUCAAUGCCGGAGUGGCUGCGGGAGUCAUCCAUCCGUUGGAAAGGGGAUCCACAGGAACUGUCUCACCACUUUCAGAAAGAUUUUACUUGGGUGGUAAUAGGCCUCUUGUAUGCCGCUUGGGUGGACCAUCUUCAUUAUUAGGCUUCAAAACAAGAGGACUGGGGGCAACAGAAUUCAGAGCACAUGACCCCAAUAAUUCUGACAAUGGCACUUCCACUUCUCCUGAGCUAAAUGGUCUUGGAGGUGACUUAGCAGUGACAGCCUUUGCUGACCUGUCAUUUGAUCUGCCUCUGAAGCCGCUCAGGGAUCUAGGAAUUCAUGGCCAUGCUUUUGUCUGUGCUGGAAAUCUUGUUAAAUUAACGGACUAUGAUCUUCGGAAGUUCCCUGUUACUGAUUUCCUACAAACAUUCAGAAGUUCAGCAGGAUUCGGCGUUGUUCUGCCAACCAGACUGUUUCGCAUAGAGAUGAAUUACUGCUACAUCCUAAAACAGCUUGAUCAUGACAGGGGGAAGUCAGGCAUACAGUUUAACUUCUCAUCGCCCUAAUUUCUCUCACAGCAUUAUCUAUUUAAAUUGAGUAUUCCUAUUCUCCCCUCACUAUGAUCUUCUCAUGGAGGAGCCUGCGUACAACUGCCACAUGUAAAAAGAAAGCCUCUCAUGCUGUAACGUUUAAGUGAUAAUUUUUUUGUACCAGGACAUGGGUUUAAAUGCUGUGACUUGUAAUUGUAAUGCACAAAAGCAAAAGGAAAGCAAUUGAGGUUGGGGAUUUAAGUUUUCAAUGCUGAUGCGAAUGUUUUGGACUGGAAAUGAUGGAACAGUGUUGUCCAGAGAUCUGCUUGAACAAGCCAACAGUAGCCAGAUAUAAACGAUUGUUGGCAAGCUGCACAGUGUUGGCCAUUUCUGGGACUGUAUUGUGUAGAAAAAGUAGGAACAGAUGGCUCAAAUCCUGAAAUGUGUACUAAAAUUCUCUCCGUCUACCUCUAGUUUUAAAGUGUGAGAAGGGAUCGUACUUGCGAAUUGUGGCUAUGCUAAGCAAAGAUGAACAACUUUUCCCGUCAUGAUUUGUUGCCAAUUGGAUAUGGUGCCGACAUGGACGCUUGAGCAUGGGCAAUGAGAUUUGUAUGUUUAGUAACUAGUCAUAAUUGGAUAUUGUGCCGACAUGAUUAUUUGUUGCCAAUUUUGGCUAUAUAUUGUUCACUAACA